AUGGAUGGAACUUCUGACAGUGGAGAAUUUCUUGUUCUGGAGAAAUUAAUGUCAAUGCUCCUUUGUACUGGAAAGGGGCAGAAGUCCUUGAACUUGUUUGUGGUCCGUUUGGUGCAUUUAAGCUUCUUACUGUUUCUCCAUCGGCUAGCAGAAGAAGCCAGGACAAAUGCUUUUGAAAACAAAAGUAAAAUAAUUAAACCUGAGCAUGUUAUAGCUGCAGCAAAGGUUAUUUUAAAGAAAAGCAGAGGCUAG